AUCUGCUCUGAGCAGUUGUGCAUGUGCGGCGGCUGCACAUUACUCACAUUGCACAGAGCACAUGGGCUGCUUGAAUGAUGGCUCUCUUCAAAGAUGCCCAAAUACUGGAAGUAUAUCCGAGGCAUCAGCACCUUGAAUAUGCCCCUCUUCGGCGCACGCAGGAAGUUGAAUAAGCAGACUUCUGAGAUGGUCUUUGCAAGCAGAUUUAUGGUAUAUCCUCAAAGCACCUCAGCUGCCUGGCUUUCUGCGCUGGCCUGUCCAGAAUCCAGUUCCAGUGAAGAAACGCGGUUCUAGUGAAGAAACGCCGAAUUGCAGCUAGUCACUCUGCUACCAACAUCCGAAAAAGGCGGUGCUAUUAAGCAGAUCGAGCUCCAUCAGCAUUCAUUCUCACCAAACACUCUCACCUCUCCUUAGCUGACAAUCCAAGCGCAACAAUGGCUGCCUCCAGCUUCUUCUUGGUGGCUGCCCUCCUGGCCGUCUGCAUUCCUAGCGCUGUCGCCGGCCUCGGUCUCGAUGUGUCCUCGUCCUACUCGACCUCGUCGUGGAGCUGCUGGCGCAAUGUGAACUCCGGUUUCAACGUCGCCAUCGUGCGUGCUGGCCGGUCCUCCGGCACUGUUGACCCUAACGCCGCACAGUCCCUCAAGAAUGCUCAGGCUGCCGGCUAUGCUUACAGGCACGUGUACAUCUUCCCGUGCGCCCAUUCCGGGUGCCCCUCCGCCGCGUCCCAGGCCAACAACGUGAUCGACAACUUGCGCGGCGCGGGUGCGCCCUUCUCCAAGGUGUGGAUCGACGUCGAAGGCCCCGUCGGCACCUACUGGACCUCCAGCACCUCAACCAACCAGCAGUUCCUGAUCAACAUGAUCGGCGCACUCAAGGGCAAGGGCCUGACGACCGCCCAGAUCGGCAUCUACACGUCCAAGUCGCAGUGGCCGUCCAUCAUGGGCUCCGCCGACUUCCACUCGUACGCGCUCUGGUACGCGCACUACGACGGAGUUUUCGACUUCAGCGACUUUUCUUCGUUCAACGGCUGGACGACUCCGUGCAUGAAGCAAUAUGCCGGCAACCAGGCGCUCGGGUGCAACGGCGGCUCCACCCCCGCCGCCGACAAGAACUACUAUUCCUCCACGUCGUGCUUCUAGGCGCGUGCCACGUGGCGGCGGUCUGACAGGUGGCAGUGUUGAAGAAGGUGUGAGGAUAAGGUAGCUCGAAAAUGAUUGUGUUGCUCGCAAGUCGCGUGUUCGAAAGGUUUUUGAGAAAGGUGGAGGUAUUUGGUAGAUGCGUCGAGAGACCUUGCCAAGUUUUGUACUGUGUUCAGCGCGCGCCAGUGGUGAAGCCCAGCGUUUUUGGAGCAGGUAAAGUUGAGAUGCUGGACAUUUAGACGGAAUUCCAUUUUGAGCCAAUUAACGCGCGCUUUCCAGACUACGAAUUCCAAGAGCAGUUUUGUAAAGAACUUGAUGUCGAUUCUUCUAAUUGACUUCUGCGACUUUGUCCCCCGUUCAUU